AUGGAGCGUUGGAUAGGAAGAUUAGCAUUAGUGACAGGAGCCAGCUCGGGAAUCGGAGCUGCAACCGCGAAAGCUCUUACCAAAGCGGGCAUGAUCACUGUCGGACUAGUUCGUCGUACCGAACGGAUUUACCAGUUGAAGCAAGAGCUCCCGAAUGAUGUCGCCAAUCGUUUGCACGCCAUGCAGUGCGACGUCACCAAAGAGGAAGAUAUUUUAUUCUCCUUCCGUCAAAUCGAGGAUCGGUUUGGAAGUCCCUAUGUGCUGAUCAACUGCGCUGGCUUUUCAAGGAACGCCAUUCGCCUGUUACAGCCCAACAACACGCAAGUCUUACGGGAUGUGAUCGAUACAAAUCUGUUGGGGCUGGCACUAUGCAGCCGCGAGGCGUACCUAUCCAUGAAGAAGCGCUCGAUAGAUGGUCACAUUGUGCACAUCAAUAGCAUCGCUGGACACAAGGUUCCCCCGUUCAAUACGGUCAACAUUUAUCCUGCAAGCAAGUACGGUGUUACCGCGCUUACUGAAACGAUGCGCCAUGAGAUGCGUUUAGAUGAUUCCAAAGUCAAAGUAACGAGCAUUAGUCCCGGGCUUGUUAGAACGGAAAUGACCCCCGAGGAAGCUCUCAAUUGCAAGUUACCUAUGCUCGAGCCGGAAGACAUUGUAGAAGGAAUCAUUUUCGUUUUAGGAACACGACCCGAAGUUCAAGUGCAUGAGAUGAUUAUUAAACCUUUGGGUGAAAAGUGUUGA